UGCCUUUAAAAGAGGAGCCUUUAAGGGGGGGGGGCUCUGACUGAGAGGCAGAGAUCAGAGACGCUGCAGCAGCACCAGCAGAAGCAGCAGAAGCCCAGGAGGAGGAAGGAGGCAGACCCCCAUCUCCAGGAAGGAGAUGGCCAGCCACCCCCCACCCUCAGCCGGGCGACGCCAGUUCAGCUCCCAGUGGCCAAUGCAGGGCAUCCUCAGCGACUCGGUGGAAAGCUCCGAUGAUGAAGAAUUCUUUGACGCACGAGAGGAAGUGGUGGAAGGCAAGAGCACCAAUGCAGCCAUCCUCCUGGGGAUGAGCCAGUGGAACUCCAACGACUUGGUGGAGCGGAUCGAGACCAUCGGGAAGCUGGAGGAGAACCCAGUAGUAGGAGAAGACCCCCCUUUCUGCUCCUCUGGCGUUCUGCAAGAAAAGCAACGGGAGUUGUACCGGGCCUCUCUGAGGAAGCAUCGCUACCCUACCCAAGGCAGCAUUGAGAUCCAUGAGGACGGCGAGGAGGCUGCUCAGCAGCAGAGCUGCAAGACGCAGGUCCUGAUCCUGGUGCUUCACGGGGGCAACAUCCUGGACACAGGCGCCGGGGAAGCUGGCAGCAAGGUGGCCGACAUCAACACCUUCGCCACCGUCUUUGAGGAGGUGACGCAGGCCCACUUCCCAGCCGCCUUGGGCCACAUCCUCAUCCGCCUGGUCCCCUGUCCGGCUGUCUGCUCCCAGGCCUUCUCCCUCAUGGCCAACCUGAACCCCUACAGCUACGACGAGACCUCCCUCAGCAGCAGCGAGGACCACAUCCCUCUGGCCGCCUUGCCGCUCCUGGCCAUCUCCUCCCCAAAGUACCAAGAGGCAGUGGCCACCGUGAUCAGCAGAGCCAACCAUGUUUACAAUGAAUUCCUCAGGUCUCCCGACGGGACCGGCUUUAACGGACAGGUCUGCCUGAUUGGGGACUGCGUGGGAGGAAUUUUGGGGUUCGAUGCCAUCUGCUACAGCACAGGGCUGGCAGGUGAAAGCCAGGCCAGCAGCAGGAGAGGCAGUGCCAGCAGCGUCCAGGAUAAUUCGCUCUCGGCAGAAGACUCAAACCUGGGGGACCUCAAGCGCCUCAGCAAAAGCAAUAUUGACAUCUUGGGGAUGGCGGAGGACGAGGAGCCCAGGCAAGCCUUGCUGCGGAAACAAAGCAGCUGCUCCAUCUACGACUGCGAUGCCAUCGCCCAGCACCACGCCUUCCUCUCCAGCAUCCACUCCACAAUGCUGGAUGAGGAUUUCCCUGCUGAGGAUGCUUCCAACACAUCAGACCUCAACCUGGGGCGCUUUGAGUUUGAGGUCUCCGACUUCUUCCUCUUUGGCUCCCCGCUUGGUCUGGUGCUGGCCAUGAGGAGGACGGUGCUCCCUGGCCUGGAAGUUGCCCAAGUCCAUCCUGCCUGCAGCCAGGUUUACAGCCUCUUCCACUCGGCUGACCCCUCGGCCUCUCGGCUGGAGCCCCUCUUGGAGAACCAGUUCCACCUCCUGUCUCCCUUUGCCGUGCCCAGGUACCAGAGAUACCCACUGGGCGAUGGGCGGUCCCACCUCUUAGUGGAUGCGCUCCAGGCCCACAAGGCCCUCUUUGCCGAGGAGGGGUCUCCUGAAAUACUUUCCAUGGUGGAAGCGCCAGAGCUCCUGGAUGCGUCCGAAGGGAAGGCCCAGGGCAGGAGGCGGAGGAGCAGGAGGCGGAGGGGAAGCACCGGCAGCAGCAACAGCGAGAGCUCAGGCUCAACGGAGAGUCUGCUGCCCACCAACAUGGCUGAGAUAACUUCCAAAUGGUGGGGGUCCAAGCGGAUAGACUAUGCGCUCUACUGCCCAGGCGUCCUCACGGCUUUUCCAACAGUGGCUUUGCCACAUCUCUUCCACGCCAGCUACUGGGAAUCGACAGACGUAGUCGCUUUCAUCCUGAGACAGGUGAUGAGAUUCGAAGCCAUCAGUGUCAAGGAAAGCAACAGUUUGGACCUGGGGACACUCAGCCCUUCCAAUCCACGCGAGAAGUGGCUGCGCAAGAGGACCCAAGUCAAGCUCAGGAACGUCACCUCCAACCACCGCUCCAACGACAUCAUUGCGGCUGAAGGAGGGGGCCAGGUGCUGGUGGGGCGCUUCAUGUACGGCCCUCUGGACAUGGUGGCUCUGACGGGGGAAAAGGUGGACAUCUUCAUCAUGACUGAGCCCUCCUCUGGGCGAUGGGUCUACUUCGAUACGGAGAUCACCAACAGCAGCGGCAGGGUCUCCUACAGCAUCCCCAAGGAGAAGAGGCUCCUGGUGGGCGUCUACCCCAUCAAGAUGGUGGUCAGGGGAGACCAGAGCAGUGCCGUCAGCUACCUGACCGUUCUCCCCAGAGGGAUGGAGUGCAUUGUCUUCAGCAUAGAUGGCUCCUUUGCCGCCAGUGUCUCCAUCAUGGGCAGUGACCCGAAAGUCCGGGCAGGGGCUGUCGAUGUGGUCAGGCACUGGCAAGACCUGGGCUACCUGAUCCUCUACAUCACGGGGCGCCCCGACAUGCAGAAGCAGCGGGUGGUCUCCUGGCUCUCCCAGCACAACUUCCCCCAGGGCAUGAUCUUCUUCUCCGACGGCCUCGUCCAUGACCCCCUCCGGCAGAAGACCAUUUUCCUCCGCAACCUGGUGCAAGAGUGCCACAUCAAGAUCUGCGCCGCGUAUGGCUCCAUGAAGGAUAUCUCUGUCUACAAUGUCCUGGGCCUCUCCCCCUCCCAGAUCUACAUCGUGGGACGGCCGGCCAAGAAGUACCAGGCGCAGUGCCAGUUCCUGAGCGAAGGCUACGCUGCCCACUUGGCCACGCUGCAGUCCAGCCUUCCUUCCCGGCCCAAGAAGAACAACUCACGCAUGAUCCUGCGCAAAGGCAGCUUUGGGCUCCACUCCCAGCCGGACUUCCUGCGCAAGCGGAACCACCUCCGGAGGACAAUGUCCGUCCAGCAGCCGGACCCCCCCUCCUUGACCCCUAAGCCAGAGCGGGCCCAGAGCCAGCCUGAGUCGGAUAAGGACCAUGACCGCCACCUGACCCCCCUAGGCUGGAUGCGUGGGGGCCCCCAUAAGUUUGAGCCUGUCCCUUAGUGUGCUGCUGGGGAGGGGGUGGCAUGUGCUGCUGCGGCAUGUGGCUCGUUGGUACGUUGAUUGUGUGUGUUGCGGGCGGCACCUGUGCUUGGAGCCUCGUCCGCCAGUGGGGCAGCUUUGGGGCUGGUCGGCCCGAGGUAUUGUGAGUCCUUGCUGCCCCGUGGCGCCUGCCCUUGAGGGCGGGCUUUGCGUCGCGGUGGAUCUUCCUCUCGCGACACGGAGGCCAGAGGAAGAGAGGUGCACAGUCAGAGGCGGUGGUUGCGACUGGGCAGGCGAGUGAGUGAGCCUUUCAGUGUUUGCUUUGUUAGAAGAUGUGCAAUAAAGUGGGGGGCAGGAAAGUUCUGGAAUAUCCCACUGACGGGGGGCUCAAGAGGCACCUCCAGUCCAUCAACACUUUACGUCUGCUUCUCAGACAAUAAAAAGGCCAGGCAGCUUUACGUUCCUUUUCCAAGCAUGGAGACCUUAGAGGGGAAUGUCAGACAAAAUGGGGGGAAGGCAGUUGGUUAGUGGGGGCAUCUGGUGUUCUUGUUGGAGGGGACCCUAGGCAUGGUUUCUUUGCCUCCCCAAAAGGCAGAAGGGGUGCUGUGGACCAAUGCCCAUGGAGAUCUGUGGCUGACAUGCCAGGAAGAGAGUCAGGUUGGGGGGAAGAAAGAGAACCUGCCCACCUCCAGAAAAGUUGGGUAAACAGGGUCCUGGGUUUGAGUCACUUCUGACUGUUCCCAGGUGUGUUUUCCCUGACUGUUGCCACUGCCACACAGUUGUGUUUCUUGCGUUUGUCUCUGGAACUGAACCCCACCCCGGUGCAAUCCGGUGGACAAGCCAAACAGCAGUGGAGGCCCUAGCUCCUCUUCCUCCUUUCUUUCCAGCGCCAGAACCGCUGGAGCGGCCUCCAUGUGCGUGGCAUGCGCCGUAGUUGCUCCUUGUCAUGAUGGCGUCUUGUGAAACAUGGUGGGCCCUGGUGUGUCCCUGGCGCUUUAGUGUGUACAAACCCAUGUGUUCCCUCUACAGUAUUAUUAGAUAGGGAUCUCGGGUAGACAAGGCCACUCUGUGUGUAAGUGUGCGUGUGCGUGUGUGUGCACCCAUUUAAUCCUCCUGGAGGCAGCCAAGGAUGGCUUUGGCACAUGCACCUAUGGCUCAUGGAACUCCAUGACUUCCCAGGAUUCCCGGCGGGGAGGACCCUCAGAGAGCGCACCUUGCAUCUCUCAGCUCAUCCCCAUUUUGCUGCGACUGCGGCUGCUGCUUUCCCCAUUUGGGUGCUGGUGCUGUUCCAGACAUGAGAUAACUUACCCAAAGUGCUUCUCCAAACCUGAGCUUCCACAUUCAAGAGCACUCUUUCGAGAGAGGAACCAGGUGGCCCUCUAGACAUUCCCAUAGACGUCCAGCGCCUGGAUAACUCCUUGAGGCAAUUCCUGGCCCUCCAGAAUUGGAGCCCCAGCUGCCUCUGGGAUGCAGGGUUUCAGAACUGUUUCCAAGGGCCAUGUGCAGAAUGCCUGCAAGGGCCCCAGUGUCCUUCCCAGAGAAACAAGGGGGGCUUGGUUUUGGAAGUGAAUGGCCCUCAGGUACUCUGCGUGGAGCGAAUGCGUGGGGUGCAAGCAGCGCAAGGCUGAAGAGAAGUGAUUUCUAUUUGCAAAUAGUCUUAAGGUUGUUGUUAUUGUUUGGUUGUUGUUGUUUAUUUAUUUAAAAGAGAGAGAGAGAGAGAGAUGGAUUCCAAACUGGGUCUCAUUUUGGCAGCUGAUGUCAAAGCUGCUGGAGCAGGGGAACCUAUGGCCCUCCAGGUGUUGCUUCGCAGGUACCAGGAGCGUCCCUCCUCCGUUGGCAAGGCCAGGCUGGCAAGGCAGGGAUGGGAACCUUGGAGGGCAUGGGAGGAUGGUGCUGGGCGGCCUGGAGGUCCCUCCGUCUUUGUGUGAGUCUGGGGGGGGGGGUCUUUUCCUUGCAAGGGGAGCCCAAAUCUAUGGCUCUCUUCCUGGUUUCACAUCAAUGUACAGCUGUGGGAUCCUUGCAGAGGAGCUUAAACGGUCUCCUCUGUCCUCCCCUCUCUUUGUGUCUUUUGGGGGACAGGAGGGGGGUGAGGGCAAAACGUUUUAUGCGGAUCUUGUUUUCCAGAACAACCCCCUGACAGUGUCGGUCAUAUCAAAUAAACACCUUCUUUGCCUUCCA